AUCGCCUUAGAAAUGGCAAAGAUUCAUGCUAUCCAUGCCAACGGCAGCCUGCCCAAGCCCACCCUCUGGCACAAGAUGCACAAUUAUUUCACGCUUGUGAAGAACGAGAUCAACCUCAGCCUUUCCAAAGAUGUCCCUAAGGUGGAUGUGUUGGAAUGGGAGCUGGCCUGGCUGAAGGAGCACCUGACCCAGCUGGAUUCCCCUGUGGUGUUUUGUCACAACGACCUGCUCUGCAAGAAUAUCAUCUAUGACAGCACCAAAGGUCACGUACGGUUCAUUGACUAUGAAUAUGCCGGCUACAACUACCAAGCUUUUGACAUUGGCAACCAUUUCAAUGAGUUUGCAGGUGUGAAUGAGGUUGAUUACCGCUGGUACCCGGCGAGGGAGACCCAGCUGCAGUGGCUGCACUACUACCUGCAGGCACAGAAGGGGAUGGCCGUGACCCCCAGGGAGGUGGAGAGGCUCUACGUGCAAGUCAACAAGUUUGCCCUGGCGUCUCACUUCUUCUGGGCUCUCUGGGCCCUCAUCCAGAACCAGUACUCCACCAUCGACUUUGACUUCCUCAGGUGGGUGCAGGGGGCAGGUUGGCAGGGGGCAGGGGAGAAAAGGAAAGAGCCUUGAGCUCAGGGUGUGGGGACAAAGGACAGCCCAAAUAGAAUGCCCAGAGUCCAUUCCUCCGCUCUGCUGAUUUGUCCUGUUCUGGCCCAUUUCCAGUGGGGUCGCUGCCCCAGGACAUGCCAGAGAAACACGGCUGUGAAAAUAGUCAUAAGUGCUCAUGUCCUCCCCUGUGGCCUAGCAGGGGACUCUGCUGUUCCCUACUGCAUCCUGCCACCAACUCCACUGCACCACCUUGCCACUGUAUCCAUGGAGCCUGGUGCCGAACAGAAUUAUUGAAAAUCAGUCUGAAAGAUCACAAGUCCUACUGUCAUUUUAGAGCAGAGAGGACAGAGCUCCAGAGAGCGGAAAUGACUUGCUGAGGUCACUCGGGUGAUUUAUAGCGUCCCUGCAUG